UCUUCCUAGAGGAGGCGUUGGGUCGCUCAAGCAUCCGAGCCAGCCAAUCCUAGCUGUGUUUUGAGCAGCAGAACAAAUACUGGCGAGUUGGUGCGAGUGCUGUUGUUAAUGAUUAUUUACCCUCUGUACCAUUGCAUUCAUAAACAAUUCGUAUUGGUGAAGCUUUCUGCUCUACUUGGACCAGCUGUCGAGUGUCUGAAGACAUGCAGCAUGCAGUUUCCACCAGAGCUGAGAGGUAGCCAGCCCUUUCUAACCUCAGCCUUUCAGCAGCAGGAGCAGCCCUGGAGUGCUUCACUACCUGUCAGCCAUGGUCCACCAUCAGUGCCGCCAGACAUGCCUUCGGUACCGCUGUAUAGUGGCUUUGGGGGAGCGGAAGUGUUUUUGACUGCUCUUGCCCGGAUGUGGACUGUGGCGCUGCACUCGGUCUCUCAGGACAUUUCGCGCGCGCGUGUCGGGAGUGAGUCAGAACCUCUCCAGGAUGACGAAGAGUUAUGUGCUACUUCACUUGAGCAGCAGCAGCCGUGGGCACCGUCCUCCCCUCCGUUGGCAGCCUUCCCUCAUGCUGCGACCCCGUGGGUGCAAACAGUGCCCCAAUCUAUGCCCUGGGGCACCUGCCUUGCCUCUACUAUCCCUGGUGAAUCACAGGUGAUGAGGUUCUCGGCUGGAGAGACUCCCAGAUGGGCAAUGAAUGAGCGCUGUUUCCGUAAGCGGCACCUCCCUCAUAUCGUGGAUGCUGGGUUACCACCAAGAAAACUGGUCAUCACCGAAGAGAAGAUUGCAGCCCAGAUGAACGAUCUGAGCCUUGAUGGUUCUCACUUUCCUUGCAGGAUGGUGGCCAGCAGCCAUGAGGAGGCGGUCGACAAAGAGAAGCGGCUGCACGUGCUGUGCCCCGAUCUGGAGCCUGAGCCGCUGCUGCCUCGACCUGUGCUCGAAGACCUCCGCAAGCGAACAUCCAUGGCUGUGGUGUUAUGGCAGCCCCCUCUGGUGCAGAAGCUCACCGACUCCACCCAGGAAGCCGAGCAGAGCAGCUCAGACACUGAAGUUGAAAAAUCAAGUAAAUCCGACAGACAAGAAGAGGAGACAAGCAUGGAUCUAUGACUGCAGUGCCAGCUGUGAAAGCUUGUGACCCGCCUCAGUCACAUCUUGGCAGUAUAUACCUGCCAAGUCACUGUAUGUAUGCAGGCACCCGUAAUUAUUUGCCCAAGUUGUUGGAGCUGUGACAAAGAAUACUGCCAUCCUUUUGGUGCAAGCGCACUCACGUUCACGUGUAUCGACUAAAUAUUACGCAUAAUAAAGGCCAAACAUUGAAUAGCCACUGUAACAA